GACAAUGUGCCUACUCGUUGCUAGCAAAAGCAACAAUAGAUGAAAGAAGAACAAAACCGCCCACCAGAAGCUGAGCUGUCCGUAUCAGAAACACGUUGCGGUGCGGAGUUUGUGAAAAAUGUCUCGGGUUCAAAGUAUAAAAGACUUCGUAAGCCAGCGACUAGCCACCGUUGCAGAAGAGAUAUUCGGGAUUUUGGAGAAAACGUUCGCGGAGUAUGAGGAAGAGCUCGAGCGCCAGCGUCGACUGUUUUCUGUCAGACCUCUGAUCAAGUUGGAACGAGAAGAGUUCCAAGAGCACAAUGUGCCGUUCACGUGUGAUGCGGAGCAGUGCACUUAUGAAGUAGACUGCAGUCUGGACUCCGAGGACCAGGAGCAUCAGGUGGAGCUACAAAGUGAGAAGAUGAAAUUGAAAGAAGAGCAGCUGCAAGUGAAGCAGGAAAAUGACUUUUAUAUCAAUGAAGAUGCAGUUCUGGCAUCAAUCUCAUAUCAAACCCCUGUUGAGGAGAAUCCAUGUUCGUCGGUCAAGGGCGUUGAGGAGGACAAUGAGCGACUCUCUCCUCCUUUGCCUUCUGAUGGGAAGAAUACUAGUAAAAUGAAAAAGUCCUGCCGAUGUGGUGUUUGUCAAAAACCCUUCAGCUGCCGAUCAAAGUUGCACAUUCACCUCAGAAGUCACACGGGCGAGAGGCCAUUUUCCUGCGACAUCUGUGGCACCAGUUUCAAAGAGCGGUGGACCAUGAAGAGACACAUGACUGUCCAUACUGAGAAGCCAUUCCCCUGCAACAUCUGUGGCAGCAGUUUCAGAGACCCUUACUCCCUGAGGAGACAUAUGACGGUCCACAUGGAGGAGAAGCCGUUUUCCUGUGACGUAUGUCACCUGCGUUUUAAAACUGAUACCUCACUGAAGUCCCACAGCCGUUUGCACACUGAGGAGAAGUUGCACUUGUGUACAGUUUGUGGGAAAAGAUUCUCACGACCCAAACUACUUAGGAGACAUAUGAAGAGCCACGUGAAAGACCACACUGUUCCAAAGAAUAGAGACUCUGAGGAGACGAACCCAUGAUGCCUCACAAUUGUCCAAGAGGCAUGUGACAGAACUCCCUUCCUCUGAGAGAUUUUAGAAGCCACAGUUGCACGCAAAUGAGAACGAAUGGUCCUUAAGUUAAGAUGAAGAUGAAGUGUCUGAUAAACUCAACUAAGUUUUUUUCACCUACUGACACAUUACUGUCAGGUUUCUUCCCUUGACAUUGCGUAUAUAUUCUUCUUUAUUUUUUUGGAAUUGUAAUUCAUAUUCCCUUUUUUAUAUAACUGGUCACAAUUAUCAAUCACAGAAGCAUUUGAACCAGAUUAAAGUAACUUGUUUGGUAAUAAAAACAAAAUUGACAUGGUCAUCUUGGCAAGACUUUACUGGAGCAUUUCAACAUUUGCUUCAGUGUAAUGGCGAAACCAUGUAACAUGUUCUCCAACAGGAAGUUCACAGUUUUCAGUUCAUUUUUAAGGAGUUUAUUGGUGAAUCACUACAUGGCACAAUCGUGUAUCUACUUCAGAAACAGCAGCUCUAAUAAUGAUGAAUCAAGUCCUCAUGUGUUUCCUCAUACAUUGAUGAAACCAUUGCUGCUUGCUAUCAUAGUGUUGUUUGCCCUACCACCCUUGUGUGAGUUAAGUGGACACGAGGGAGGAAUUUCUCUGCUUUGAAGCUUUUGAACAUUCUAGAUCAGGAAUGCCCAAAUCGGUCCUCAAUAGGCAUAGGGGGCGCAGGUUUAUAUUCCAUCCCAUCUAGCACACAGAGCUUCUCCAAAUCAGGUGUCUGGAAACCGUCAUCGGUUGGUUGGUCCACUGCAGCCCUUUGAAGACUGGUCUUCCCACCCCUGUUCUAGAUACCACGUGACAUCGUCACUCCCUCUCUGUAACACCAGGCUUUAACUACAACUAGAACUGACGGUUUGAAUGUGAUAGUGAAGGAGUUGGUCCAAGUUUGGAGUUGUCUCCGCUUGAGCCCCAGAUAGCAGUUGCACUGCCAGUGAACUAAUUUCUCAUUCAUAAUUAUGAAUAACAAUUAUUAUACAUUUAUGAUACUCUGGCUUGUUCUAAAAUGUGCUAUAAAAUUAGUAAUUGAAAACCCAGCGAGGUGAUUUGUCUGCUGUGCACGCAACUGAACACCAGGUGUCGCCUUAGAUCAACAUAAAGCAAUUAAAGCGCAAUUCAAAUGAGUAACGCUGUGAUUAAUCCAUGUUUGCGUUUUUCUUCUCUACACAAAUAAAUGAUCUUUCAUUUCAUUGUGCGUUAAACUCGCAUAAAUUGAAACAAUUUAUUUAAAAUGUGUUUUUGUUAUGUCUCAUUUGAAAUGAGAUUCUCUUGAACACAAAUAGGCAUCAUUUGUGACGACACCACCCCAUCCUGCCACCUUUUCUAUGAUCUGAACAGCUGACAUAAAACUGUUUCCCUGGAGUUAACCAGGAUGUGUGACAAAUGUCAUGACUUCUCCCACUCAUUAGCAACCCACACAUCAUCACCAGUCAUUGUCACUGCAGUAAAACGCAGAUGAUGUCAUAGCGCAGGACUCAGCAGAAAUUUCGUCUAGAUGACAAGAUAGCCUCUACAUUCAUUUUCCUUUUGCACAUUCCUUCCUGCGGGAACACCUGCGGACAAUUGAGUCAUCAAUUAACACUGGACCAUAGGACGAAACCAGAGUUCCCGGAGGAAACCCACGCAAGUACCCAGAUAUGACUAGAACCUAUAAACUCUAAUGAGGAAAGACCCAGACCCACUGCAUGAGAUACCUCAAGUUGGAAUCAAACCUGCGACCUUCUCUCAACUGAUACAAUUUGAUCUAAAAGGUCAAUUGUUGAAUGGCAUCAAACACUUCAAUGAGGCCAGUGGGUCAAACGGGCCACAAUGAAUGACAUAAAAGCUCAAAAGGAUUUGUGAUGAAACCACAAGCUCAAAUAAACCUUGUCUGAAAAAUCCAUCAUGGUUUUCUCAGGCUUUCCCGCCGCAAUUAGUUCUGGCUGGAGCGCCAUCGAGCUUGAAAAUCAAAACCAUAUCCAUUAUGGUUGGGCACGCGUGUGUGCGCUCCGAGAGUGUGUUGCUUUCUGAAGCCUGCCAUUUUUAAACAUCUAUCUCACCGCAGCGGCAGAAUCAAAGAUCUGGGGAAAAGGGACAAAUUUACGGAGAGGCUUUCAGUUAUUCUAAGGGAGGUGAUUUGGAAAACCUCAGGAUUCAUAAAUCCACAAUUAUGUUUUUAUAGCAGCGUAAACGAUAAAGCCGUUUUGUAAUUUGAUGGCUGAAGCGUAGCAAUUUUCAGACCCCAGAUUUGCUUUGUUUGUGUGAUAUUUUGUGUCAAAAGUUGUGCUAAAUUGCUCAACUCAACUGUACCCAGAUUGUG